GGAAACAAAAAUCUCCCCACCUGCUGAAAAUUCUUCAGUCGUCCCUCUGUCUCGGUCUCUCCGGUUCUCCCCUCGAAAUCGAAAGGGAAGGCGAACCGCGACGCGAACCCAGGAUCCCGUCGAGGGCAGGCGGGAGGAUCCCGGCGUGCGGCGGCGAUGGGCGAGGCGGACGCGAGCGCCGGCGGGAGCGGGGCCGGCGGAGAUCCGCAGCGGCUGAAGCGGAUCGCCGCUGCGGCGUACGACUACGAGAACGAUGCGCGGUGGGCCGGGUACUGGUCCAACGUCCUCGUGCCGCCCCACCUCGCCUCCCGCCCCGACGUCGUCGACCACUUCAAGCGCAAGUUCUACCAGCGAUACAUCGAUCCUGGUUUGGUUGUUGAGCCAAUGUCCUCCAUGACUUCAACUCAGUCUAGCAGACCAGCAGCAAGGUCUUCAGCUACACCGUCUGGCGAGAAUGUCAGAUCUCGUGACUCAGCCUCUAGCACGAGAUCAACUGGGGCUUCCCAACAGCCAUCAGCAGAGAGGACUGCAAAUUCUUUACGGCUAGACGGACGGACAAUACAUUUUUCUAUCAAUGCCUGGGUACUGGUUGUAGCUAGUGUUGGAAUACUCCCAGUUCUGCCCAACCAUAUCUCAAGUAAAGCAUACAGACUUUCAUUGCUAGGAACAAUAUGCUCGUCUGCAUAUUCUUUAUAUAGCACUUAUGGGAAACCAAGAGCAUGGAAUAUGCCUGCAAUUCAGUCCUGGCUGCAAUCUAUUAUUGUAGCCAAGGACUUUGUUCACUUGAUGUUCUCUCUUAUGAUGUUCACAUCUAACGUGCACUUUAAGAUUGCUCUACUUCCUGUUCUUUGCUGGGCACUUGAUCAUGUUGCUCGAUUCCUAAGGCGUAAUUUUACGCAUUCUUCUUUAUACAGGAAGUACUUAGAGGACCCUUGCCUAUGGGUAGAGACAAACAACACUACACUCAGCCUACUUUGUUCGAAUGCUGAAAUCACCCUGGGGUUUCUCAUGAUCAUCUCACUUUUCUCGUCAAGACGCAAUAUAAUUCAGACAUUUAUGUACUUUCAUCUGUUGAAGUUGAUGUACCAUUCUCCUGUGACAUCUGGUUACCACCAGAGCGUGUGGGCAAGAAUAGGCCGGGCUGUAAACCCGUACAUUUACCGCUACGCGCCAUUCCUCAACACACCUAUUUUGGCAGUUCAGAGAUGGUGGCUGAGGUAGGAAAGCAUGGAUCCCAGGUAUCAUCAUCACUACAGUGAGAAUUUGCCUACACAGCUACAGUGAGCUCCGCCCCUCAAUUUUUUUUAGAAGACGUGCUUCCAUAGUGUUCUGUUCUUGUACACGGUUGUAUUUUUAGUUCAUGUCUGACCGAGCUACUGAAGGCAUAACACCGAAUCUUUUCUUACGAUAAGCAGUAGCUCUUGAGCGAAUUGUCUGACGAUUUGAUGGGAUACAGUUUCAGACAUUCAGUGGUAGCACAUAUAAUUCAUAAGGAUGCUUGCUGCAGUCAAUAGGAUGGUGAACAAUGAAAUGCAGAGUGGAACCAUUGAUUCUUGAAGUAAUAAAUUGUUGCCCUUGUCUC